CUAGAAGAAAAAGGAGGACAAAGAAAGGAAAAAGAAAAAGGGUUUUUGUUUUGGGGAAUGACGGUUGAAAGAGGAGGAUCAUUGAGUUUCUAGAGGAGUGACUGGUUCGGGGUUCCAGAGGAGCUCUAUUUUCUGGGUUUCAUCAUUGUAGAUCAAAUUUUUUUGUAACUAACAAUCCAUCAAUGAAUUUAUAAAAUCUCCAAUUAAAAUCCAGUUUACAAGAUCAUAAUCUAUAUCUAAAAUCUAUAUCAAUCUUGAAAUGGCUAGCCUUUUAACUCGUCACUUCCCAUGGUUUCCCCGUCCUCGGUUUCGUUUCCUGAAAUGGUGGACAAGGAAAAACUAUGAGAUAAACUCAGUAAGUAAAUAUGGAGUGCCCUUUAUUAACUUAUAGCAUGCCAACAAGUACAAUCACGAAAAACGGAUACAGUACGGGAAUGAAAUAGACGUCUCCUCUAUAGGUCAUGGCCAGUGUUUAAACCUCCCACUGGCAGGCUACAUAAAUUACUAGUGUUUAACUCCCACUAACAGGAUUACAGAAAUACUAGUGUUUAACAACUCCCACUGGCAAGAGGAACCGGCUCUACAGAAAUACAUGUCAACAUGUGCU